AUAAAAGAAGCCGCCCGGCCACGGCCUUUUGCAGUGCGCCCGGCGGUCCUGCGGAUCUGUCUCUUGCUUCAACAGUGUUUGGACGGAACAGACCCAGGGACGCCCCUUCUACCUGCCUCCGACCACCCUCCAACCUUUUUUCCAGUCGCCACCUUCGGAGCCAUCUUCUUGCCCAUCCUCUGCCUCCGGGACCAGCCAACACCCGAUUCUGAACUUAGCUCCUCAUUACCAACCAACCAUGAGCUCCCAGAUUCGUCAGAAUUAUUCCACCGAGGUGGAGGCCGCCGUCAACCGCCUGGUCAACAUGCAUCUGCGGGCCUCCUACACCUACCUCUCUCUGGGCUUCUAUUUCGACCGUGACGAUGUGGCUCUGGAGGGCGUGGGCCACUUCUUCCGCGAGUUGGCUGAGGAGAAGCGGGAGGGCGCCGAGCGCCUCUUGAAGAUGCAAAACCAGCGUGGCGGCCGCGCCCUCUUCCUGGACGUGCAGAAGCCGUCCCAAGAUGAGUGGGGUAAAACCCUGGACGCCAUGGAAGCCGCCCUGCUUCUGGAGAAGAACUUGAACCAGGGCCUUUUGGAUCUGCAUGCCCUGGGUUCUGCCCGCGCAGACCCCCAUCUCUGUGACUUCCUGGAGAAUCACUUCCUAGAUGAGGAGGUGAAACUCAUUAAGAAGAUGGGCGACCAUCUGACUAAUCUCCGCAGGCUGUCCGGCCCCCAGGCCGAGCUGGGCGAGUAUCUCUUCGAAAGACUCACCCUCAAGCACGACUAGAAGUCUCUGGAGCCCAGCAGCCUUCGAGGCGGUCCCUCUGGCAUUCCCCCCAGAUGUCAGGGCUUGUGCCUGAGUCUCUCCUUGCAGCCACUAGGCAGCUUUUUAACCAACCUGGAGCCUUCGCCCAAGCCGUGGACCAAAUGAAAACAAUAAAGCUUUUUUGCAGCAA